UCUGCCGCCAUCUGCGACCAUGCCGGCGUCGCCGCCAUGCCCUCCCGCACCUCAGGCGGCUCAAUCACCGCCGAUUGUGCCCGUGCCGGCGUCGCCGACGGCCACCACGGGUACUGCCCUCAUGGUGCUCGACCAAAUGCCCGCAAGGUAAUUGCAUUGUUUUUUUUUGUUUUUAAAUUCUUGUUUGUUGUAUGUUUGAUUUGUAGUCAAAUGCAAUUCAUUUGUAGUAUGAAUUAGUGGUAAUGUUGCCUAUGUAUGGUUUAUUGUAUAUAGCAUGGACGAUGAGGAUUUUCUCAAGUUUACUUGUGGAGACAUGCCAUCACAAGAAUUUGCCCAUGAUGAUGUUGCAUCUCAAGAUGGUGGAGAAGGUUUUGUGGAUGAACCUACAAACGAUGGUGAAGGUUUUGUGGAUGAACCAACUCCACGUAGGGCGGUGCGAGGAGCAAAUUUCACACAAAAGGAAGAUGAGGCUUUAUGCCAUGCAUGGAGGUCGGUUGGCAUUGAUCCCAUCACCGGGAAUGAACAAUCAACCAACACCUAUUGGGAGCGUAUCCAUGAUCACUUUGAAAAACACUCCAAGUUAAUAAGAAGCCAAAUUUCACUCCAACAUCGUUUUCAAACCAUCAACACCGAUUGCUCCAAGUGGUCGGGUUGCUUAGCUCAAGUGGAUCGUCUCAACCCAAGUGGGACUAGUGCAAUAGACAAGACCAACAUUGCUCAAAAUUUGUUCAUGGGCAAACCAAAGAAGAAAGGUGUCCAAUGAGGAGAUGCUCAAGAGGAUUGAACAAGAACAAAAGAUCAUGUUCAUGGAUGCAAGUGGUUUAGAUGAGAAGGGUCGUGCUUACUACGAGCUUUGUCGUGACCAAAUCUUGAUGUCAAGAGGGUAUGGUGGUGGAGGUGGUGGCGGCUAUGGUGGUGGAGGUGGUGGCGGCUAUGGUGGUGGUGGAGGUGGUGGCGGCAAUGGUGGAGGUGGCGGCGGCUAUGGUGGUGGCAAUGAUGCCGUAUGAGAAUUGUGGUGUUGUUCUAUGCACCGAUGAACUUUUAUCUUAUGUUGAUGAUGCACUUUGUGAUUGGUGAUGCAUUUUGCUACCGGUUUUAUGGAUAGUGAUGAACUUCUAUAUGGAUUUGAAUGAGUGUGCAAUUGUUUGAAUUA